UCCAUAUGUGACCUCGUCUGGGGCAUAAGUAUGGAAGCUGGGGGGGACCGAGGUGCCGAGGCAUCGUAUUUGUACAAAUUCGACGCCCUUUGAAUUGUAGUGACCCGAUAGAAGGUAAUAAAAAAUAAAAAAAAAUAAAAAAGAGAACCAAGAAUUCGGAUCGCUCCUUAGCGAAUGGGACUGAACAAACACAUUACCUAUCAGAAAGUCAACAAUUAGGUUGAUAGUCGAAAUCUUUUCCCCUCUUCCUCUUGCCUAACACUUUUCGCUCCCUCGAGAGCUCGGCCAUCGUCUGUCCAUCGAACUUGUGCACCUCCGCAACAUGGUCCAUCCAGGCUGCCCGACUUUCGAUCAUGAUCACACUAUCGUCUCGCCUCCGGCACUCGAAGCAUGCAAAAGAUCCCUGAAAAAGAUCCUUGUGCUCCUUGUUAAAAUGUCGCGAAAAGCUGUUGCCUGGAUAGAACAUGUUUUCACGGACCAGGCAACGAGCAGAUCUUGUUUUCGCAAGCUUUCUGCCUGGUCCCUGCUUCCGGCGGCUUUCGUUUGGCAGGCAUGGCGUGAACAUGAUGCCGUGGCACCGCUCCACGUGAUUGCUCCAUUGCUCAACCCCUUCCACCAUGUGCCUCUCUCUGCCCAAACGGUUGCACUCGGAGCACGGGAAUGGACGGUCAAAUGCCCCCUUGAUAUGAUGGACAUUCUGAUUGUGCCUUGUAUUCUAAUGUUCCCCGUGUCUAACACUUCGGAUAGGACGCAGUUGGACUUCUUCGUUCUCGCUCCAGGCUGUGGCUUGCGAAGCAGGAUCCAGGGCGACCGCGCAAGAAUCGACCGAACAAUCUAAGUAUGCGAGAGCGGCUUUCAGAGUUAGGCUAUGAGGUUCGAUGAUGCGCCCGGACCCCGCUUAGC